AAAAAGGAAUUGGAAAAACAACUGAAAAAAAGCUCUGCUACAAAGGUUCAACAUUCCACCGUGUGGUUAAAAACUUCAUGAUUCAAGGUGGAGACUUCAGUGAAGGUAAUGGAAAAGGAGGUGAAUCUAUUUAUGGAGGAUAUUUUAAAGGUAAGAUCCAAUAGUUCUUGAUCUGCUGCUUCAGUUGUAAGAGUUUUGAUUCCUGAUGCAUUUAAUGAGAAGGGUUUCUUAGAUCACCUUUGCAUGAGAGUAAUGUUGCAUGGAUAUUUAUGUGCAUGAAUUUUAAAGACGUAUAUUCUAAUAUUAAUGUUAAUGGACAAAAUUUGUUGCGGCUAACGUAGUGGUUAAACAUGACUUCAGCAUGGAGGCUAGGCAACUUGAUUCAUGACAACUCCUAUCUUCCUGCCUAAAACUGUCAACAUAUUCUUUUGUUUAUAGAGAAUGUGGUCUUUUGCAAAAUGAAAAGAUGAAAACUUUAUUCUGAAACAUGAUAGAGCAUUCCUUUUGUCAAUGGCAAACAGAGGGAAGCAUACCAAUGGUUCCCAGUUUUUUAUAAACAGUGUUACAUCGUGCGCUCCAAAGGUAAUGUCUCAUUCCUCUAAGGCUGUGUUCUUUUCUCUUCUCUUUCUGUCUUUCUUGUCCUUUUCUGAUCAUAUGUGCAUUAAAUCUUGUGGUGUUAAAGUUCUUCUUGGGGUCAGUUCCAGCUUUGAGAAAAAGAGACUUGUUUAUCUUCAUGAUAAUACUAUUUUAGACUCACAAAUAGCUUCAUUCUUUCAACUUGGAAAAUGUAAGAUGAUAUUUCAUGGUACCUUAUUUAAAAUUGUUAUCAAACAUUCCUGGAAAAAGUGCUGUCCAGGGUUCCAGAAGCAGUAUUUUGUAAGCAGCUCUUUGCAUUAGGAAGAAUAAUACUUAGAACUACGAAAAACUGAGAUCAGCUUGUGUUUUUACUACAACAGACUUCCUAUGGAAGAUACAUUGGUUAUCUAGACAUCUGCCACUUUGUUUAACUUUGAGUUUCAGAGUGUCCAGUUUUUUGGGAUAUCUAAAACAUGGUGGGCAAAAAAAAAAAAAAAAAGCUUAAACUUGUUCUAGCUAUUCAGAGGUACAGUGCAUGACAGACUUUCUCACUAAUGAAAGUAUAUGAAAGUGUCUUUAAGUAUUAACAUCGUAAAUGGAAAACAUUCUUCCAUGGGGAAAUUUCCAGAGCUGUAAUGAGCAAUCUUCUAUUUAGAAACUGGUAGUGCUUAGAGUUGCUCUUGACUCGGUUACCUUUUGGUAACUUUUUUAAAGCAAUCUUAGUCAAGGUUUUCUGUCCCUACUGUUGUAGUUCAAAGUAUGCGAGUUGCUUUCCAAUAUGUCCCUUGGUCAGGCUGAUAGCUUCUUCUGGGUAAGGAUAAAAGAAGCUGAAGCUGACAGACAUAACAACUGCUUUCCGGUCUGUCUGUGGCUGCAGUAGAAUUUGAACCUGAGCAUCCAGAUCCCAGCAUCCCAGCUGUAGAAAUACCCAUUUUUCAUGUGUUAUUUUAAUGAGGAGUGACUGUCUUUAUUGUCCAUGUCGCUAGGCCCAGCAGUGACCACAGUGGGAUGCUAUAUGAAUUGCUGCCCAAAGUCGACCGCCAAUAUGGAAACGUUUGGUUGCGCAGUCUCCCUCUUGUUUGAAAUGCUCAAGCGUGUGCUUAGCGUUCAUUGCACUGCGUUUAUUUCCUUGACUGUUAAGCAUAUACUUCAAAGUGCAAUGCUGCUCGGUCUUUCAGAGCAGGUAGUGGGACUUGGAGUAUACCCUUCUCUCGUGACUGCAUUGCUUUUUGCAGCCCAAGCAAGCCAGACUGCCCUUCCUUCACUGCAGGCCCAAUAAGCAGGCUCCUCUGUGUUUGCUUGCUGGGUCAGGCGUCCCCUGACAAGCUGCUGUGCCCGCUGUUCUUCCCAGCCUUGCAGCACAGAGGUGCGCUUCCUGCGUGCCUUCCAGCACCCAUGGCUAGGAGUGGAUCAGGCAACGUACUGCUGUGGUGCUCCAGUGGCCAAGUCCUUGCAGGACCAAGCCAUCAAGUCUUCCACCAGCCUCCCUUUUAUGCUACGGCAAACGGGAGCAGGGAGCGUCCGUCUCUCCUAUUUGGCUGUAGUCCCUGGAGCACCUUGGCCAUGCCGUGGCCAGGUGAGCAAGUUCCACACCUCCACACUUCCGUGGCUGCUGCUUAGACAGUGGCACUCAAUUGCUCAUCUUGGCUGGCUAAAAACUGUGGAACCCCUGAUUUAUGGGAAGCAUUUACUGGAACAUACGAUUUACUCUAGGAGAAUGGGGCGUUCUCUAGGCAUUGGAAGAGUGCCCUUAAUCUCGAGGAAGAAAACUGCAGCCGUUUUUUUCUUCUUCCUGCAGAGGCACUCUGUGCGGUGUAAGGAAGAGGCAUACAUUAUGCUUCGAUUGUGUUUUUGCCGAAAGCCUGUGGGGCCAUCCUUUCGUAGAGGUCUGUCAUUGGACUACCCUCUUGCCAGAUGGGAACUGAGGGAGCCUAGUUGUUGUUACAACUGUUGGGUUGUGUGGCUGGAAAGGGGGCAGUAGUGAUUGUAUCAUGUUCGAAUGAAUAGCAGCAUUUAUCUCCGGUUGCCAUGGAUUAGAACUUCAUUAGGAUGGAACUGAAGUUCAUACAUUUAAAGUUUAGAGUACAAGUCAUUGGCUGGUUUCUCAUGCAGCUCCUGUUGUUAUUUCAGCACAGUGUUCUUAGAAAUCAGUUUGAAAGUAGUUUUGAUUUUUCUGAAGUACCCCCACAUGUGGGUGCACGCAAAUUGGAAUAUUUUCAAGAAGCUCUAGUUCUUUCAGACAGUGAAUUCUAUUUUAUUUUUUAAAAAAAACUGCAGCUUUUAAAUAGAUUCUGAAAGAUAGUCCAGAACCUGUGAAUAUUAAAAAAAAAAAGCCAAAUGGUGUAAAUGAAUGAGGCUGCAAUCCCAUGCACGCUUAACCUCUUAAGAAAGCCCUAUGGAAUUCAGUGGGAUUUACGACUGUACAGGAAUAAACUGUAAGCAUAUAUGUGUUGUUUGAUGGUUUGUAUAUUUUAGUUACUACUUUUCUAUAGCAGUAGCUGUAAGCCAGUCUCUGAUGAAAUGACUUAGACUUGAUUUGCAAGCGUACCAGGGUUGGGUCGUUUGCAGAAAAUGUUUUGUCUUUUUGCGUCUUAAUAGAUUUGGCUAUUAAAUUUGUAUAGCAUUCAGCUGCAGUAGCACCCUCUUUUAUUUUUAUGACACUUAAAUAGUAUUGCCAAGAAGCAGAUUCCAUUUCUGCACAGUGGACCAGUGCAGCCCUUGCUGCACUAGAUGAAAUCUGCAAAUCCAUGCUAAUAUUCCAGUUUUUGGCUCUGCUUGAACAAGUUGAUCUAUUUAGAUACAUGCAUGCAUUUCACCUGGAAUAGUGGAAAAAAUGAAAUGUGAUGUUGUGUUGUAAUAUGAUCAAAAAGAUGAUCUAGUCCCUGCAUUUAGUGUGAAUCUGGGGUUUAUAUACAAAAUUAACUGUUCUAUUUUUUUCUCCCCUUUUUGUUAUAUGUGCCAUUCUGCCUUUUUACCUUCUCAUCUGAACACCUGAUUUUUUUCCUAAAAAUGUCAUCUCAUGUAUGUUGGUGUUCUGCAGAACUACCAAGCCUGCUCCUCACCUUGAUGGAGUACAUGUUGUCUUUGGACUGGUUAUUUCUGGUUUUGAAGUAAUAGAACAAAUAGAGAAUCUGAAAACCGAUGCUGCCAGUAGACCUUAUGCAGAUGUGCGAGUUAUUGACUGUGGAGUGCUGGUUACGAAAUCAGCCAAGGAUGUUCUAGAGAAGGAGAAGAAGAGGAGGGUGUCGACUCACUCAGAAGCAUCAGAUACCUCCACCAGCAGUUCAUCUACUUCAUCAGAAACUUCAUCUGACAGUGAAUCUGAAAAUGAAAGAAGUAGAAAAAGGAAACGCAAGAGAAGAACUAAAACCAAGCAGUCAAGGAAGCGAAGAAGGGAGGAAAGAAAGAAAGAUGAAUCCAAGAAUAAACGGACAUCAGGCCAAAGAAGCCACUCCGAUAGAAGUGAAGCAAAUGAAAAAUUGGUGGACUUGAAUGCGAAAAGGGACAAACCUGUUGUUCGUCCUGAAGAAAUUCCUCCAGUGCCGGAAAACAGAUUUUUGCUUAGAAGAGAUGCGCCAGUUGUGAAUUCAGAGCCUGAGCCGAAACCUCCUGAUGUUGCACCAGUUUUGACAGACCAGAAGCCUUCAGUAUCUAAAUCUGGAAGAAAAAUCAGAGGGAGAGGCACAAUACGAUACCACACACCGCCUCAUUCCCGCUCCUGUUCAGAGUCGGAUAACGAUGGCAGCAGUGAGACUCCCCCACACUGGAAAGAAGAGAUGCAGCGAUUACGCGCUUACAGGCCGCCCAGUGGCGAGAAAUGGAGUAAAGGCGACAAGCUGAGUGAUCCAGGAAGGUGGGAUGAAAGAAGUCUUUCCCAGAGGUCAAGGUCUUGGUCACAUAAUGGUUAUUCAGAUCUAAGUAGUGCAAAAUAUAUUGGCCACCACAAAAAGCACCGGAAAGAAAAAAAGGCGAAGCACAAAAAGAAAGCCAAAAAGCAAAAGCACAUCAAGAAGCACAAGCAAAUUAAAAAAAAGAGAUUAUCCUCUUCCACAGAGAUGGACUCUCCUCAUUCUUCAACUCGAAGGACAAAAUCGCCUUCGGAUCAUGAUGGGGUCUCUCGUUCUUCCUCACUGUCUUCUAGGGAUGACUCCUCUAGACGGGGCUGGUCUAAAUCUGAGCGAGACAAGCAGAGUUCAGUCUCUCUCUCAAGCAGGGACUCGCGGUCAUAUUACAGGUCCAGAUCCAGAUCUUACUCCAGGAGAAGUUCUCGCUCAAGAAUUGCUUAUAAGUCUUCACGGUCUAGAAGCAGAUCGAGAUCUAGCUCCGCUCCCAAGCAUCUGAAAAUAGCAUCUAGUUCACCGAAAAACGUGGCCGCUCAUUUAAACGAUCGUAAGCCAGUUAAGGUUGAACCUGUCAGAACUGCAUUGCCACAGAACGAUCAGGUUGUGGUACAGCCUGUUGUCGCUGAAAACAUUCCAGUUAUACCCCUUAGUGACAGUCCGCCCCCUUCUAGAUGGAAACCUGGGCAAAAGCCUUGGAAACCAUCCUAUGAGCGAAUUCAGGAAAUGAAAGCGAAGACAACUCACCUAAUACCUACUCAGACCACUUACAGCUUAGUAAGUGUCAAAGACCCUGGUUCAUCCUCUUCAUACCAUAAGCGACAAAAGAGUUCUGACAGUGACCAGAGUGAUUAUUCCAAAAAUCGGAGUGACAGAAGUUCAGGCAGUUGGCGAAGGUCUCGGAGCAGGACAUCUAGAAGUAGAUCCUACUCCAAGUCUUACUCAAGAUCGAGAAGUCCGUCCAGUUCAAGGUCCCGGUCCCGGUCCCGAUCUACUGUCAGAUCUCGUUCUGCAAAUAAAUUCCUCAGUGACCAGUCAUGCUACAGUGGAUCGUCGUCCUAUUUUUCCCUAAGUGAGGAUGAUCGACAGAAGAGCAAAACGAAAUCUGAAUCCAGAGAAAGAAAUGUGCCAUUGUCAAAGAAAAGGCAAAGUAGUUCUGAAAGUACCCUCCCUUAUGCGAAAGAGGCGACUUCUCAGAGGCGCAAAGAGAGCACAAGUGGAUCCUCAUUGGACUUCUCCACAGACAGUGAGCAGGUGGCUAAAGCGCAGCCAGUCGAUGAGAAAGCGCAGCUGCUGCCAGAAAAAGCUAACCGGAGACAAAAGAAGAGCAGUGCAGCUGGUGAUGGGUACGAAGAGAAGCCCAGGUCUGAGUGGAGUAGUGAUCAUUUUAAAAAAAGGACUUUGAAGGAGCAAUCUGGCUCUCCAAGGAGCGGUCGGAAAGCAAGAAGGAAAACGCAUGUUGCGAGCACUUGUGACUCUGAAUCGGAUUCAGAGAAGGGUAGAGGCAGAAACUGUAAGGAAGAGUCGAGGUUGUCUUCUAGUAAGGAGGAAGGCGAAGCUACAUCUGACACAGACACGGAUCUCAGCCUUGCCAAAUGUAAGGCCAAAUUGGAUGUAGUCAAGACCAACAAGAGGUCUUCUCCCUCUGAAUCAGAGAGCCUGUAUUCCAACACGGCUGCCAAAGCAAAAUCAAGAAAGCAAAAACACAGCUCCAAAAAGAACUUCAAAAAAGCACAUUCCAAAAAAGCUAAAGAAAAAUCCAAGGGUAAAAAAGAAAAAAAGCAUAAGAAACAAAAGGAAACAUUUCAUUGGCAACCUCCGUUGGAGUUUGGUGAAGAAGAAGAAGAGGACGAGGACGUUACUGUAAAGACGGGGGUCAGUCAUGAGCGAGAGAAGCAAAUCACUGGCGUUAAAAAUCAAGGACAGGAUUCUGAAAGUAAAGUGGUCAAAGACAAAACAAGGGACGGUGAAAAGCUGCAAGAAGUCAGUGUGCUGUCAGAUGAAGCCGUAGGCCGUGAAUCUCCCGGCAGGCGCCUUGAGAAAGGUCCUGGGGAGCAGGCUCCUUCAGUCCCUGCUUUAAAUGCAGAUGAAAACGCGGGUGUUUCCGAAAGUGCUGAGCCUGCCAAAGUAAAUGCUAGAAAUGAGGUGGAUGUUACCCAGGUGGAUGAUAUGGAGAUAUGUACUCCAGAUCACAACUCACCUGUAAAAGUUGAUGUGGAACUUUCUCCAGUAAGUCUGAAGGUGAACUUCCAGGACAUUAAAGUUAGUAAAAAUGCAGAUGUAUCAGGUAAUUCUGAAGGAGAGGCUGCAAAGCAAGGACUCAGUACUAGAGAAUUGACUGGGAUGAAAGAAGGCAGUAGAGAACGAGACAGACAGAGACCUAAACCCUCUACAGCAGUUGCUGCCCUGGAAAGCAUAGUGAAAACUGAAAAUGCUCAGAGCAGCAUAAUGGAUAAUAAAUGGAAGCCAUUACAGGGUAUAGGGAAUGUACAGGUUGCAGCUGCGGCUGCUGCUAGCCAUUCCUUAGAAGCCAGAAAUGUGGCGACAUCAUCAGAAUCAAAACCACAAGGUUUAAGAAUAGAAAUCAAAAGUAAAAACAAGAUUAGGCCUGGUUCUUUGUUUGAUGAAGUAAGAAAGACUGCCCGGCUUAAUCGAAGACCAAGAAACUGUGAGAGCUCUAGUGAGGAAGAAUCUCCCACACGGGAAAACAGCCAGUCAAGGAGCCGCAGCCGAUCACGGAGCAAGUCAGAUCCUAAAUCCAGGCACAGAACAAGAUCGCUUUCCUAUAGUCACUCGAGAAGCCGUUCGAGAAGCUCCACUUCAUACAGGUCACGGAGCUACACACGAAGCCGGAGCAGAGGCUGGUACAGCAGAGGUCGUUCGAGAAGCCGAAGCAGUUCCUAUAACAGUGGCAGAAGUCACAGCCGCACCUACAGUAGAAGUCGCUCCAGAAGCAGUUCUUACGAUCACCGUAGUCGGUCAAGCAGGUCGUAUACCUAUGACAGCUACUACAGCAGGAGCCGCAGUCGAAGCAGGAGCAAGAGGAGCGACAGCUACCGCAGAUCUCGCAGUUACGACAGACACUCCAGAUCGUACAGUUCUGACAGUGAAAGUGACCGCAGUUAUUCUAACAAUCGAAGCCCCAGUGAAAGCAGCAGAUACAGCUAAAACAUUGAAAAUAUUCUGUUUCCCAGGAGUAUUUUUUUACAUCACUGCAGUGUGUGAAACUUCCUUUCCAUGUCCCAAAUAAAACUGAAGAAUGCUAGUGAGGUGAGGCCUUGCAACUUUGCGCAGCGUUUUCUUGUGCUGCGCACUGGCAGCCACCACUGGGUUCCUGCCGUUCCGUUUCCAAAGCGUGAGGCCCCGUUCACAUGGAUUUGGAUUUGCAGGUGUCCUUGUGUCUUGAGAGAAAGCCGCUGCGUCAGAACAAUCUCUUUGCUGACAGGUGGCAUCUUACCUUUCUCAGCCAAUAUGAUGGCAGUCAUGCAGCUGUGAAGAUUAAUACUGCUACAAGUCUGGCGUUUAUGUAGUACUUUAAAAGUGAACCCUAAAAACCGAUCUACCCGUUCAAUGGUGUCUUGCACACCAACAGCAUAACCAGGACGCGAACCCAGCUGGAUAAAAAGCGUUAAGACAAGCCUUCUGGCUUGGCGCUCGGCAGUCUGUGUCAGAUCAUACUGUGCCGCUGCAGAGGUGAGGGUUCUUACAAAACUAUAUAUAUAAAAUACUUAGGCUGAGGUGCUAGGCUUCUAGCUCUUUCUUAAGUUAGAACAAGUAUGUGGAGACUUGAAAAGUGAUACUAGAUUGUCCCGUUUCAUUUCUGUAUCCACGUAAGGGAUGCCGGGAACAAGGUCUUUUGGCCUCCUGAAUUUGUAAAGGCAGGCAUUUUGUCCUAUUUAAUUUAUGCCUGCUCACCCUGACGAAUUGGGUAUAAUUUCACCAGGGACCUGCCACUCAGCCAGUGCAGUUACUGUGAUUUGUAGAGGAGAGAAGGUGGUUGGAUUUCCCAUUUCCAGCUUUGGAUUCCGUGGUGGUGUUGUGUUAAUAUUGUUAAGAAUUAAUAUUGUAGGUAUAACAGAAUGGAAGACAGAGUUCACUUUCAAUACCAAAAAAAAAAAGGUCAUAACAAUGACAAACUCUUGGUUUACAAAAACUCAUUUUCAAUUCCGGAGUACUUAAUUUUGAUCUACUGCUUUGAUUCAGCUGAUAAAUAUCCAUUUGUAAAUCAAAAUUUCAAUGUGUACAAAAUUUUCAUACUGAAUAAUGCCUUUUUAACAGCAGAAAUAGCCCUCUAAUAACUGGGUAGAAUAGUGGAGGGAAGUGCUGACUGCAUCUGUAGUAGUGAUACCUGAAUUUGUUAACUUUCUAUAAUUUUGAGAUGCUGUACAUUUCGUAAAUGUUUACAAUAGGUAUGUUUUUUGUUAAGACAAAAGCUGUAAUUUUAAAAUGCAUUUUUCCUUUGCAAUUAAAAAGAAUAUGACUCAUGAAACUA